CGCGCAUGCGCAUGGCCUGCGAGAGGGGGGACCGUGGUAUUGAAGCGGACGCCAUCGGAAGGAGGUAGCGACAAUGUUGGAGGGGUAGGCCGCGGCCUAGGGUUACACGUCACAGCGCACCCGUUUCCAGCGAGCUGAGCGGGGGCCCCCACCCGCCAGGCGGCCCUGUCAGGGACGAGAGAGAAAGAGAGACCGAGAGAAGAAAAGAAAUGGACGUGGACAUGGACUUAGAUCAAGACCUGAUGCAGAAAUUUAGCUGCAUGGGAACCACAGACAAGGAUGUGCUGAUCUCCGAGUUUCAGAGGCUCCUGGGCUUCCAGCUUAACCCGGCCGGCUGUGCGUUCUUCCUGGACAUGACCAAUUGGAAUUUGCAGGCUGCCAUUGGUGCUUACUAUGACUUUGAGAGCCCAAAUAUAAAUGCACCUUCCAUGUCAUUUGUAGAAGAUGUUACAAUUGGAGAAGGGGAGUCUGUACCACCUGACACUCAGUUCACCAAAACAUGGAGGAUACAGAAUACAGGCACAGAACAAUGGCCUCCUGGUGUGUCCCUGAAAUAUGUAGGAGGGGACCAAUUUGGGCAUGUUAACAUGGUGAUGGUCCGGUCACUGGAGCCUCAGGAAGUUACCGAUGUCAGUGUUCAGAUGCGAAGUCCAACUACGCCAGCAAUGUACCAGGGGCAGUGGCGCAUGUGUACAGCUACAGGGCUUUACUUUGGAGAUGUGAUUUGGGUGAUUCUGAGUGUUGAAAUCGGAGGCCUUUUAGGAGUUACACAGCAGCUUUCUUCAUUUGAAACAGAAUUUUCUUCACAACCCUGUCGCAAGAUUGAAGGCAAUUUUAACCCUUUCGCUUCACCGCAGAAAAACCGGCAAUCUGAAGACAACAGUGUGAAGGACCCCGGGGGCCAAAGUACAAAUGUCAUUAGUAAAAAUGCAUGGGGCCCAACUGAAGACCAAAAUGAACAAGAUCAAAAUGGACUGUCGCAGAACUCUGUAAAUAUCUCCCCUAACAGUCACUCUAGCAACUUAUCAGUGGUGACUUACAGUCAGAAUCAACCCUGCUCUGAGACUCUGGAUGUAACCUAUUAUCAGGGUGUUAAUGAUGUUUCAGAGGAGAACUGCAAAAAUGGACCAAGUAAUGGAGAAGGCAAACCUCACCUACCCUUUGGAAGCACAGAGCAUUUAAUCCACUAGCAUGAUUGAAUGUGUCUCUCAGGCCUAACAUGGAGCUACAUCUACUUGGCAAAAUGUCUUAGCGUUAAAGAGCAUCAACCAUCCUUGUCUUAUUUCUGUAUAGUAAGCUGGGAAAACACUUCAAGAACAUAAAGCAUGGAAUAAAAAAGAUGUAUGUUGUAUCAGUUUUGUUCCACAUCAGAUUAUAGAGGUCCUAAGAAAUUGUGAACUCUUAAGAAGAAAAGAAACAAUGGAGGGGGGAAGAGUAGUAGAAGGAAAAAGGUAAGAUUUAAACAGUGAGGAGAGGAAAGGGAACAGGUGUAGGAGAUGAGGAAAGAACAGAGGGUAGAGUAAAAAAAAGUUGGAAUACUGGAAGACAAACAGGACGAAGUAGGAUGAGAGAGGAGUGGAGAACAGAAGGAUAAACAAAGAUGGGGAGUGCACUGAAAUGAAUGAUGCAAAAGAUGACAAGAAAUUCAUUGACUUCAGUAGAAUGAAUUUGGAAGGCAGUGUUAUUAGUUUAGUAUUACUGCCUGGGUAAUGAAUUUCUAGGCAUAUGUUCCACUGAAGUUGUUUCUCAUCUAAAGUCCAAAUAUUGACUUAUUCAAUGCCUUCUCAAUUGAUAGAACAAUUCUCCUCUCUGAAGAGUCAGUCCAGUGAACCUUUGCACAUCAUCUAAGUCAAGAAUAUACUGCCUUAAGUAAACAGACUACAACUGCACAGUAUUCUAGGUGUGGUGUCUCCAUGAUCCUAUAUAAUUACUGUAAAAUUUAUGCCCCAAUCAUAUUAUAAUAAAGAUUAAGAUAUCUCCUUUCUUAAUUGUUUGCUAUUCUUGUUAACUUUGUGAUAUGUGAAUAGGCAUUUUAUGUCCCUAUAAAUAACAUUUGACAGUUGACUUAAAAAUAGUUUUUCUAUUUUCCUAAGGAAAUAAUCUCUCACUUUUUCACAUUCCCUCUGCCAUAUUCUUGACCUGCACACCUGCCUUAGUCAUGUUGCAUUCUCAUCACAACUUCUUCAUCUGUUUUGAAUUGUCAAUGAACUUGAUUAUUUUGCACUCAGUCCCUCAGCUCAUCUAUUGAUAUAGAAAGUACUGAGGUACAAGCAUGGUUCAUUGCACUGUGCCACUAGUUGUAGUCUGCCAGUUCCAAAAUGGCAUGAUAAUUCCUGUUUUCUCUUUGAUAACUGUUAAUCCUUGCUGUGAUAUUUCCCACAAUACUCAGCUGCUUACAAUUUCAAAUUCAACUUGUCAAACAAGAUUUUUCACUUAAUAAAUCAGUGUUGACUUUGCCC